UUCCACAUUUAUAACCAUACAUUUCACUGUUCAAUCAUUCUUCGUAAAAAACUAGGAAGAAUUACGUCCACCAAAGUGAUCUUCAAAACACCACGGUCUUCAGAGUCCUGUCAAAUCCACAUCGUCAAUUCUGUCCGCAACGGUGUGGAUUAAUCAGGUCCUCGUGCUCCAUGGACCUGCAUAAAAGAAUCCCCAAAAAAUCUGCUUUCACUGCUCGAGAAACCCUAUAAAUAGGCGGCUGUAAGAAGGGAGCUCCCACAACGAAACUCCCAACUCCAAUUUUCCGACCAAUUUCAUCCUCACCGGCAUUAAUUCUAUUCUUCAUUUUCUCCAAUGGUGGUUCUCUCCAAGUUCUCCACCGCCCCGGCGUUAUUUCCCGGCGGCGGCGGCGUUCCUGUCCCGCUGAUCGACCUCUCGGAACCUGACUCCCGGGAGCAGCUGGUCCAGGCCUGCGAAGAAUUCGGGUUCUUCAAAGUCAUCAACCAUGGCGUCCCAACUGAGGCUAUCGCGGCCCUCGAAUCCCAGGCCCUCGAAUUCUUCUCCCUCCCAAUCGCCGAUAAGGAGAGAACCGGGCCCUUCGUCUACGGCAAGAACAAAAUAGGCCCCAAUGGCGACGUCGGUUGGGUCGAGUACUUGCUCUUCACCUCCGACUCCCACGCCGACAUCCACCGCCGCUUCUCCGCCGUCUUCGGCGAAGCCGCCCAUGAAUUCCGAUGUGCAGUGAAUGAGUACUUAUCGGCGAUGAAGAAAAUGGCGUGUGAGAUUCUCGAAAUGGUGGCGGAGGGGCUGAAGAUUCCGGCGAGGGACGCCUUCAGCAAGCUGGUGAUGGACGAGCAGAGCGACUCUGUUUUCCGGGUCAAUCACUACCCGCCCUGCCCGGAUAUUCGGUCCGGACCCGACACCCCAAUUCCGAUCGGGUUCGGGGAACACACCGACCCGCAAAUAAUCUCCGUCCUCCGAUCCAACAACACGUCGGGGCUCCAGAUUUCCCUCAAAAACGGGCAAUGGAUAUCCGUCCCGCCCGACCAGGACUCCUUCUUCAUCAACGUCGGCGACUCUCUCCAGGUAAUGACGAAUGGGAGAUUCAAGAGCGUGAAGCACAGAGUGGUGGCGAACAGCCCGUCGUCGCGGCUGUCGAUGAUAUACUUCGGCGGGCCGCCGCUGAGCGAGAAGAUAGCGCCGGUGCCGGCGCUGGUGCGGCGGGGGGAGGACAGUUUGUACAAGGAGUUUACCUGGUUUGACUACAAAAAAUCUGUCUACAAUUCCAGGCUUGCGGAUAACAGGUUGGGCCGCUUUGAGAAAAUUGCUGCCUCUUAAUUUCUUCUUCUUCUUCUUUUUUUUUUUUAAUUACUUAAUUAAUUAAUAAACGCCAAUUAGUUUGGCUUACAAUAAAUAUACACAUAUUUUUUCUUUUUCUUUUUUUUUUUUUUGAGUGUUGCCUUUUAAUUAGGUUAGCCAAAGCCAAUAGUGAUUUUUCUUUCCUGUUUUUUUUUUUUUUUUUUUUUUUUUAAAAUGUUCUUUUUUGAAGUGAUAAUUGAUAGAAUUUUUGUUUGCAGUUUGUAAAAGAGUGUGAAAAUUGUCGUUGUCAAUGCGUUUCUGAAUAAUAAUAAUAAUAAUAAUAAUAAUUGUCAUAUGGAAAAACAAGACAUAUCGACGUCAAGAAAAAAACUUGGAAAGCUUUUCCCCAAAACAAUCCCAUUCACGUCCACACGUGUUUUGCCCAUAACAAACUUUUUUUUCCCCAUUAUUAUUGAAAAGUAGGUUUGUGAUAUUUAUAUCUAAAUUCAAAAUAAAUAAAAUAUUUUAUAUAAAUUUAUUUCUAAACCAUCUUCAUAUUGACAUAAGAUAUUUAAUUCCAUCCAUAAAACUCUCUCUCACUCUUUUUCUCAUAUAUAUAUAUAAUAUAUAUAUAUAUUUUUUGAAAUAUAUUUGUGUUUACGAUGGAUUAUCACUUUGUCCCAAUAUGUUUUUAUUGUAUUUGUCAUAUAUUUAAUAAGUAAUACCAUAUAUAUUCUCCCGACUUCUAAAUUCAAGCAAAUAAAAAAGUUACUCUUGUUUCCUCUUAGGGUGUGUUCGCUUUGGAGGUUUGGAUUUUGAGUUGGGAUUUAAACAGUAAAAAUUUUGAAUUUGAAUAGUUGUAUGAUGUGAUAUAAAUAGGUGUUUAUGUGAUAUUUUAAAUGUAAAAUUGAUUUUUAGUAUAAUAUAAAAAAAUAAAAAAUAAAUGUUUGAUUUGAUAUUUUUGGGAGAAAAAAAUAGGAUGAAUAAUAUAUUUAAAAUUCAAUCCCCAAACAAACACAACUUUAAUAUAAAAAAAUAAUAAAAAAAUAAAAUAAAAUAAAUUACAAGUUUUUGAAUCAAAGCACAAUUGAAAUAUAUGAUCGAUCAUUGGGUAUAUAUCCAUUAUUAAAGUCAAAUCAAUUUUAAGCAAACGAUCCGGGAGUAUAGUAUAGAGGGUCAUUAUGGUCACGCGUGGAUUUCCACGCCACUAGGUCAUUCAUCACAAAAUUAUUUUAUAAUAUAAUAAUAAAUUUAUAUUUAAAAUUAAUUGAAAAAAAAA